AUGGAAACAACAAUCAACAGUACAAGUAAUAGUUCUCAACUAAAUGCAGUGGAACAGGGCGCCUCUUCUGAUAUCAAUAUAUCAUCUAAUACCGAUACAAAUUCUACACAUACGCCACUUUUAGGCAAGAGGAAAUUUCAUAAAAAAUCUAAAAGUGGUUGUGAUCAUUGUAAAAGAAGAAGAGUGAAAUGUGAUGAAGCAAAACCAUUCUGUGCAAAUUGCCAACAUAUGAAAUUGGAUUGUUUUUAUUCACCUAUUAAGCCAAGGAAAAAGAAAACUGUAUCAAAAAAAAUUAGUAAAAUUAACAAUGUACAAGAUUCGACAACUACAGAUGCUAGUAAAGAUUAUGAGAGUAGCCAAGUUACAAAUUUAAAUGACAGUGCUUACAUUUCACCGAAAUCUACAGUUGUCACGGACAUGGAAGAUAAAGACGAAAAAAUUGGUGCAUCCCCAUAUGAAGUAAGCAAAACAAAGAAACUUAAAGAAAAGAAACUUAAAGUUAAUAAAACUAAACGCACAUCAACUAAGAAGCCAGCUAAAAGAAAAAAUGACACUUCGCAUUCAACUGGUUUAAAUGGGAUUCCUAAUAAUACAAAAAUACUCUCAAGACAGCCAUCUAGUUCUCCUUAUCCAUUUGGAGAAGUAUUGCAGAAUCAAAAUCCUAGACAACCACAAAGGCAACAACCAUUACUAAUACCACAGUUUAUGACUCAAGGAGGGUCAUUUCAAAGUCCACAUCAAUCAGCAACCCCUUAUAGUUUGAAUUUAUCCAGUAAUCCUUCUCUUAACAAUCAAUUCGUUGAACUACCGAAUCCUGCAAGUCCUGUUUUCCAAUCUACGGGAAUGACAGCAGCAAGUAGCUUCAAUAGUGUAUUUUCACCGGGAAGAAUUCCAAAUCCAUUGGGACAACAGCAUUUUCUAAAUUCAGGCAGUGCCAUUGCACCUCCUAAUAGCACCAGUAUCAUCCCAGUGACUCAUCCGAUAGGUACCUCAUUUUCUUUAAAUCCAGAAUCAGUACCUUUGAACAAAUCAAGAAGUAUUGUGAGUGUAGGGAUGAAUCCUAGUCUGAGUGGCAGCAUGAGCAUGAAUCCUGGAUUAAAUUUAGGCUUAUUCUCGCCUGUCGGUAUAGGUGGUGUAAAUUAUGACUUCCAAGAGCUUCUCGGCUUGAAGCAUCAACCAACUGUCUUAAAUGUUAGGGCGGCAGAUGCGGAGCAAGCAUUAGCAAAUAUGCAAAAUCAACAUUUGGAAACACUAAAGAGUAAAAACUUAGAAGUUAAACAAAAAUCAACUCCUCAACCAUAUUCUACAGAUAAUGUUAUUGACGAUUCCGAUAAGAGAAACCUGGUUGCAGCACAACUAAAUAAAUUAAAAUCCGAUUCAAAAACACCUCAAGUAUCUCAUAACAUGAUGACAACCCUGUCUGCAAGUCCUAAUCUACAAGACAUGAUAAAUAGAAAUACAACCAAUACACAUAUGAUGGAAUCUGACUCAACGCAAACAUAUCCGCCACAUAUCCCCUCUAGUAACGUAUACAAGCAACAUACAACUCAAAUGACGAAUAAAAUACCAACAGCUAACUAUAAACCUACAAAUUUUUCCGGUGCUAAUUAUAAUACAACCAAUAGUCCAACACGUUCUAAUUCAAUAAAUCUUUUUAAAAAUAAUAAUCAAGCUCCACCAAUUGUUAACCAACCUGUUUCAUCUAAUAAGUGGUCACAACUAUCGAAUAAUUCCAAUUUGAAUUUAUUGGAUCUCAAAUUAUUUCAUCAUUAUUGUACAGAAGUAUGGCAAACUAUGGUUGAUGCAGGUAUUUCUGGUGAAGAGAUUUGGAGCACAGAUAUCCCGGCAAUGGCAUUAGAUCAUCCAUUUUUAAUGCAUACAUUAUUAGCAUUUAGUGCUACCCAUCUUUCAAGAACUGAAAAUGGGUUGGAUCACUGCGUUUCUUCCCAUAGAAUAGAUGCGUUAAGAUUAUUAAGAGAGUCUAUUUUACAACUAUCUGAUGAUAAUAUAGAUGCGCUAGUGGCUAGUGCUAUUAUCCUGAUUAUGGAUUCAUUAGCAAAUGCUUCAACUAGCAACUCUGGAAAGACUAACUACAUAUCACCUUCUGCCUGGAUCUUCCAUGUACGAGGUGCAGCUACUAUUUUUACAGCAGUUUGGCCAUUACCUGAAACAUCGAAAUUUUAUGACUUAAUUUCAAUGGACUUAAGCGGACUAGGUAAUUUUAUUCACCAGAACAGUACAACAAUUACUGAAUUAACCUGCUUUGACGAGUCUAUUAUGGAUUUUUACCCAGUUGAAGUUGAUUCACCUUACUUGAUAACAUUGGCUUACCUAGACCAAUUGAACAGAUACAAAGAUCAAUCAGACUUUAUAUUAAGAGUAUUUGCCUUCCCAGCGCUGUUGGAUAAGACUUUUCUAGCCUUGCUAAUGAGUGGUGACUUAGGAGCUAUGAGAGUCAUGAGAAGUUAUUACAAACUGCUAAGAAAUUACACAACAAAAGUUAUGGAUAAAGUGUGGUUUUUAGAAGGAGUUUCACAGAUAUUACCUCACGAUGUUGACCAAUACAGUGGCGGAGGUGGUAUGAAUAUGAUGUUAGAUUUCUUAGGUGGUGGGUUGCCAUCGAUAUCAACUACUAACAACAUGUCUGAAUUUAUUAUUUAA